GGCGCGGCCCGCACUGCACAGUGCGGCGCUCGGGAUGGCGGCGACAGCACCCUCCUCCACAUGGCCGCGGCUCUGCCUGCUGCUGCUGCUGCAGGCGGCCGCCUCAACACAGCAGGCGGACAGCGCGGGCUUCCGAGAGGCGGCCGGCCUGCAGCGCUCUCUGCCUAUCGAGGACCUCUCGGCCGAUGUCCGUGGACCUGAAGAAAGUACCGACUGGGAGGGCGGCGCUGGUGGGACGCUGGAAACGACAACAGAGGACGCGGAGGACGCGGAGUCGCUGCACGUCAUGAAGGUGCCCGCCGCCGCUGCGGCCCACGGCGGAUCCGUGCACCGGCACGAGGAUAUCCCACCAGAGCUGGCUGCGUCUGCCGGGCUGCCGGACGUGGUGCGGCUGGUGGCGCUGGCGGCGGCGCGCCUCGAGGCGGGCACAGCCUGCGGCGACCACAGCACCGCCUUCCUGCAGGCGCUGCGCAACUUCACGCUGUGGGCCGUCCAGAUGUACGACGCGUCGGUGAAGGCGCCCUCCGGCGUGCUGUACGGCUCGGUGUACCAGCUGGGCCACUUCGACCAGUGCGUGACGGCGGGCGCGGGCCAGCUGCGCGGCCAGUACUGCCUGCCGCAGGUGCAGGCGCUGCCCGCCGAGCCGCAGCCCCUGCCGACCGACCCCUACAGCGACACCUUCCAGCAGGACCAGUCCGCCUGGCUCAAGCUGCAGUUCGCGGGCGACCAGAUGAAGAUCCGCCGGGACAAGGGCUGGUGGGCGGUGUGCGUGCCCGCCUCGUGCUCGCCGCGGCAGGUGCAGCGCGCCCUGGAUGCAGCAUUCAGGGUCGCAGGCCCGCGCAUGCGCAUGCAACUGCGCGCGGAGCUGCGAGACGACCACUGCUCCACGGGGGAGCCCCUGCAGCCGGGCCGCUCCACCGUCAUCUUCGUGUGUCUCAUAGCAGCGCUGUUGGUGUUAGCGGCCAUUGGAAGCUAUUAUGAUGCACGUUUGAACAAUAAAGAUGUCUUCAAACCAGAGAAAAGGAAAGGUUUGGGCAGGCAGAUUAUGGAGUGCUUCUCAGUGCAGCGAAACUACCGACGGCUGACCAUCACAAAUGAAUCGAAUAUGGAUCUUGAUGUAUUCGGGUUCAUGCGCACAUUUUCCUUGCUGUGCAUCAUUGCCGGCCAUCGGCUCCUGCACUACUAUGGCUCCCCGAUUUAUAACGGAGAAGACGAAGACAAGCUGUUUCGACAACCGGCUGGCAUGUUGGUUGCUAAUGGUGUCCUGCUUGUGGACGUCUUUUUCACAAUUGGAGCCAUGACGAUGACAAGCCUGCUCUUCCAGGGGCUUCAUAAAGGAGCGAAAUUCCAUCAGCUCUUUCUGGAAAUAAUAAAUCGAUAUGUGAGGUUAACGCCGCUAUACGUGAUAGUGAUCCUGUUCCACUGUGGCGUGUUGCCUUACAUGGGCUCCGGGCCAUUCUGGAAGUCCACCGUGCUUCAGGAGCAAACACGAUGUGAGACCAACUGGUGGACCAACGUCCUUUAUGUCAACAACUACAUAGAUCCUGGUAACAUGUGCGUGUUCCAGUCGUGGUACAUGUCGGCGGAUUUCCACUUCUUCAUCGUGAGCCUCUUCUUGGGGUACAUGACGUGGCGGUGGCCCGUGGCGGGCUGGGCAGCCAUGGGGUGUGUCGCCAUAAUCUCCAUGGUGCUGCCCUUCAUGACCAUUUACCUCCAAAAUCUGGACGCAUUAGUGAUGCCGUUCCCGCACGUGCUGAAGAACUUCCGCGAGAACAAAGUGUUCCAGAAGCUGUACGUACCGUCGCACAACAGAGCCACUCCCUACCUGCUGGGAGUGAUGGCCGGCAUACUGGUGUACCGUGGACGAAAUCUGAAGAGGAAAAUGAACGAGGUUUCAAGUUUUGUGGUGUUUGUCACAUAUUGGUGCGUGGGCGUCGCAUUACUCUUCUCUGCAUACGUUUUCUUCAUUCCUGGAAGGCCGUACAAUGCACUUGAAGCAGCAAUCUACGGUGCACUUAAUCGUCCUGCUAUGGCACUGCUGAUUUGCAUUUAUGGAUCAUUUCCGGUCAUUUCAAACUCAAAGAUUAUACUUAACUUUCUGUCGGCGAAAAUAUUUGUUAUCCUCGGUCGGCUCUCAUUCGCCGCAUACCUGAUCCACACCAUACCGCAGAUCUACGACCAGGGCAGUCUGCGCCAGCCACGACAUAUUGACGCAUAUUCUGGGGUGUGGCUAGUGAUAGCGGACUACUGCAUCACGUAUCCGGCGGCCGCGGUGCUGUACGUGCUGGUGGAAGCGCCCUUCCGUGGCGUUAUGAAGGUGUUGCUCCAACGGACAAAGUGAGCGGAAAGGCAGACGUACAAGGAGUGUGGCAAAGUACAACAAUCUGUAGCAAGUGUGCCUACAAAUGCAAAAUACAUCUCAAAUCGUAUGCAA